AUGGACGCACUCAACCUCAACAUCCAGCAGCUGGUAGAGGCGCACCUCCAAGCAAACAGAACCUUCGACGCGACCAAGACCGCACUCCAGCAGAGCGAUGCUGCACACAUCUUGACCAAACGUAACCUCCAUCUGACCGAUCUUGCUCUUGUCCAGCGCGAUCGUGAGUUCCAGCAAAUCUCUAGCGCUCUCAUCCAAAGCAAGGAGACGGAGAUCGAUCAGCUCAACUACCAGAUCGAGAUGCGUCGCGAGGACAUCAAGCUAGCUGGAUCAACCAUCAGGUUCUUGCAGGGUGGCAAGAGUGAUACUGAGGAUCUCAUGUCCGGCCCAUACGGUUUCACCAGAGCAGCCACCACUGACCACGACCCUAUCUCCGAUUUGGCUCAGUCGAUUGACGAUAAUCUCAGCGCCGGUAUUCGCCUUGUCGUUGCGAGCGUGAGGUUGAGCAAAGUAUGA